AUGGAUACUGACCCUGAUUCACCAGUCAACAAGCCAAGACUCGGAUCAUCUUUCCCUUCAGGAAGAUUCAUGAUGAACUCAAGGAAGAAGAUCCCUAAGCUCGAUGAUGUCAGAUCCAACGGUUGGUUGGAAGCAAUGAUUUCUUCUUCCCCACCUCGUAAAAGGCUAGUAAAGGAUUUCAACGUCGAGAUUGCUCCUGAAGAUGAUUUUGCUCAACGGGCUUGGAUGCUCAAGUAUCCAUCAGCCAUUACCUCCUUUAGUCAUAUAGCAGCUCAAGCAAAGGACAAGAAGAUAGCUAUGUUUCUUGAUUACGAUGGAACUCUUUCCCCUAUAGUCGAUGACCCUGACCGUGCCCUCAUGUCUGACGCGAUGCGUGCUGCUGUAAAAGAUGUCGCCAAGUACUUCCCAACAGCAAUAAUUAGUGGUAGAAGCCGUGACAAGGUUUACGAAUUGGUAGGACUAACCGAACUCUAUUACGCGGGUAGUCAUGGGAUGGACAUAAUGACUCCUGCAAAUGUUAAUGGUUCCCCUGAAGACACUAACUCCGACCAACAGGGCGAAGAGGUAAACCUCUUCCAGCCUGCUAAAGAGUUCAUACCAGUCAUUGAAGAGGUUUAUAGAUCCCUCGUGGAGCUAACUAAAGGCAUCAAAGGUGCAAAAGUGGAGAACCACAAGUUCUGCGCUUCUGUGCAUUACCGUAACGUUGAUGAGAAAGACUGGCCACUCGUUGCUCAACGUGUUCAUGACCACUUGAAACAAUACCCUCGUCUACGUCUAACUCACGGCAGAAAGGUUUUAGAGGUUCGUCCCGUGAUCGAAUGGAACAAAGGAAAAGCAGUUGAGUUUCUGUUGGAAUCUUUAGGAUUAAGCAACAACGAUGAUUUUCUACCAAUCUUCAUAGGAGAUGACAAGACUGAUGAGGAUGCAUUCAAGGUACUAAGGGAGAAGAAGCAAGGAUUUGGAAUCUUGGUAUCUUCUGUGCCAAAAGAAAGCAAUGCGUUCUACUCUCUUAGAGACCCCUCAGAGGUGAAGAAGUUUCUCAAGACUUUGGUGAAAUGGAGAAAGAUGGAAGAAGACUCCACAGGUCAUUGA